AUGGCUCAAGUUGGCAAUGCAUCGCCGCCAGCCUUCUAUAUCGUCAUCUUCCCAAACUCUCCCAAGUAUAUGGCUAUUGUGCCACAUGCUGUUGCCUGGCAGGAAGCAGAGUCUGAUUCCCUUGAUAUAAUAGCCACUGGCAUAACAGGUCCUUACUUUCCAUACCUGAUGCCAGAAGAUCUUCUAUCCUUGGCUCUUAGAGGAAUUUCAAUGAUUCCUUGGGGAAGCUUAUAUACCAAUCCUGGGACUGGAGUGGUGCUCAAACGUUGGUUUCCAGUCAUGGCAGAGUCACGGAAAGUUUCGCCAACCAUCCCUCUGGUCUUAGAAACUCCGUCUUUGCCGCCACGCCCUUCGAAUAGCGCAGGCAAGAAACGGCGUCGUGAUUCUGACGACAACAAUGACUCUUCAAGAUUGGCUCCUGCGUUGAGAGAAAGAGAGGCGCAAGCGACGAUGGCUUCAGUCGGGGUUGCUGACUUCGGGUUUGAUGCCAGUUGGAUAGAGCACGAUNUUUUUGGCUUUGACUGGCCGCUGCCUAACCAAUCGCUGCUCUCGGUCUUGCCAGGCACUGUUGCUGGUCCUUUACUUAAGGCAGGCGUUGCGGAAGGUCAGCAAUCGCUUGAGCAUAUAUAUCCAUACUCAACUCUAUUCGAUGCGCCCAUCAUCAAUGCUGGGACUACUGGCGAGGAACUUGGUUAUACGGAGUAUAAUCUCUCUGAGAUGUGGUUGACCGGACUUGAGGCAACUGAGGAAGGAGCUAAAUGUAAUGCUGGGUCAAGAACGCUCUUGCCGGCUUCACAAAUCGACCCUGCGACUACUGUUGAUGCACAACAGUACAGGCAAGUUGCAAGUCUGAGAGCGAUCGCACCUGCCCCUUUGGCUGUUGAAGCCGGUCCGAGCCACAUCUCUGCAGCCACAGCACCUGCUGAUUCUCCUUUCGAGCCUCGUCAUUCUUCUUCAGCGCUGAUUCCCUCCUCGGAGGCAGGAGCUACCGGGUCUGAGUCAGAAGAAGAAGAGGAAGAAGACGCCCCACCGCGUCGACUCAUCGAGUUGUAUCAUGAACAUCCAUGGUGCAACCAUAUAUACUUGCCUCCCUCUACCCAAGAUGUACUCACCCAGCUCCUCGCACCAGACACCGUCUGCCUACCCGUCAUCACGAAUCCCAGCGAUACCGUUGACGGCAAACCCAUGCCUCUUUCUGUCCUCUCGAUCGCACACCCUUGUCUUCACGUCCUGUCAAGCCGCUCUUCGCCCGACAAGUUCUUCUUGCUCCCCAGCCGCUGGGUGGAUUUCUUCCACUGCAGUUUGAACCAACUGCUCAACAGCACUCAAGGAGAUAGCAAGAGAUCGGCUUUACGUGGCAUCAACAAGAUCGUUACGGAGAACCCUACUGUGCGUGAUGCGUUCAAGAGGUAUGGGAUCGAUGGCGUCAAUGGAGGAGCAGAGUUGAGUUGGGGAUUGUGGGAUGCAUGGAUAAGAGAGUUCAGGAGAGGGACUCCGUGUGGGAUGACCAGGGAGGAGGACAGAAAUGCUUGUUGUUCGGUUAGAGAAGUGCUGCAGGUUCAGGUUGAUUGGUCGAUGCGGAUGUUUCCUGAUUCGUUGAUGUGA